AUGAGCAGCAUUCGCAUCGCGAUCAUUGGUGGGGGUCCCGCAGGCCUCACGCUUGCACGGCUUCUUCAGAUCAACAAUAUAUCCUGUACUGUCUUUGAACUUGAUACUGAAGCCUUCAGCCGAGACCAAGGGGGUACGGUCGAUCUUCAUGCUCGUGGAGGACAGCUCGCUCUGAAGCAUGCGGGUCUUACCGACGAAUUCAAAAAGUAUGCCCGUCCUGAAGGCGAGGUGAUGAAGCUGGUCAAAUUCGAUGGCAGGGUUGUGUUCGAUGAGAACAUGGAGGGAAACGCUCGGCCCGAACAGUACGCUGAUCGACCAGAGAUUGAUCGAAUGAACUUGCAGCAGCUACUCCUUCAGUCCCUAAAGCCUGGUACUGUUGUUUGGGCCAAGAAGUUGCAAUUUGUGGAAAAUUCAUCGACCGAUCCUGGUCGGUACAACCUCCAGUUCGAGGACAGCCGGGAAGAGGGAUUUGAUCUUGUUGUUGGCGCUGAUGGGGCUUGGUCCAAAGUGCGAUCGUACCUAACGGACCAACAACCCUAUUACUCCGGAGUUACCGCCAUUGAGCUUUGGGCUACUCAUUUCAACAAGAAACACCAGUGGCUGAGCGACUUCGUUGGUGCAGGGAGCUGCUUCAUGUUCGCCGAGGGACGAGCCAUCCAAUGCCAGAAACUUGGGAACAACAGCAUCCGUGUAUAUGCGGGUGUCCGGCAACCCGAAUCUUGGCUCGAGGAUUGUGGUAUUGACUGGUCCGAGCCAGACACGGCCAGGAAGGAGCUCGUCGAACAGUACUAUGCAGACUGCGGUGAUGAUCUGAAGGGAGCUCUGCUCGACGCCAACGACAAACUUGUCCCACGCAAGAUGUGGAUGUUGCCCGUGGGGUAUCGCUGGAAGUCAGAUGCAGGGGUGACGCUUAUCGGCGAUGCUGCACAUUUGAUGACGCCUUAUGCUGGUGUGGGGGUCAACCUUGCCAUGGUUGACUCCUUGGAUCUCGCCACCGCCAUCAUCGGCUGUGACGGCGACGGCGCCAAGAUCCCGGGCGCAAUCAGAGCAUUCGAGGACAAGAUGCUGACCAGGGCCGAGCAGUUCGCCAAGCGGACUUACAAGGGUCUGAUCGGGCAUUUCAGUGCUGAUGGCUGUGAGGAAAUGCUUGAACGAUUGAAGGGCCGCUGA